UGCAUCGUCAGCCCGCUCCACCACAGCCAGUUCUGGGUUCACCGCUGCUUCCCAUUGGCUUUGUUGACCGUUUGGCUCCCGCCAUUGCUGUAUGCAUCACUUCCCGCCUUUGGAUGGAAUAAUUGGGUGGAACCCAAUUCUAACAAGAGCUCCGACUCAAACGAGACGUUCUUGAGAUCAACCACGUCUCAAAACUCCACCAAAGAGGAUGAGGUUUGCUCCUACAAACAGGUUUUUCCCAAGGCCUUCAUUUAUUUGGAAGUGUGCGGACUGGUGUUGCCGGCCAUGCUGUCCAUUGUAGCCAUGACGGGACGGGUGUUGUGGAUCGCGCGCAAGCAGCUGCAGAACAUCUGUAAGCUUCACCGUGCGGUGGACCGUCUUCAGCAGCAGCAGCAGCAGCCGUCGGAUCACGAGCAGCAGCUUAACCUGCGCUACGCCAAAUGCGUGGCCGCCGUGUCCCUCACGUUCCUGGUCUGCUGGGUGCCAUACAUCAUCUACCAGCUCAUGUCCGUGACGGCGCUGCAGACCGGGGUGAGCUUGCCGAGCUCUUCUCUGUACAUCAUCAUGUCCUGUACGGGAAUCGGGAGCAUGGCCGUCAUUCCGCUCAUACUGGGACUGGCCAACAAGCAGUACACUGAGCCCAUCUGCAGGUUGAUGCUUAAACUGAGAAACCGCUGGAGAGGAGGACAGAAUAACAGAGAUAUUGCACUGUGA